AUGCGUUGAACGUAGGCGCCGCGCGGUAGUAUUGAAGCGAAAGUCAAAUCCGACAGUUUUCGGUCGCAUUACGCAAUUUUAACAUCUGUCCGCUAAAAGAAAGAUACGAUACGACCGGUUUUCACAGCACUAUUUUCGUGGUACCUAACCAUUGUGUUGAGUUAUAAACUUAUAGAUGUGUGCGUAAAAUAACUGCUCGUGUUAGUGCCGCGCCGAUAACAAAGUGAACUCGACGUGUAACUACUCGUAUAUGAAGAUUGGUGUUCUUAAAUCGCGCGUUUUUCGAAAUUAUCGAUAACUGAAAACCGGUUUUGUGCUGUAUCAUUUUGUGCAGUGUCAAUAAACAUUUGUAAGGUGUCUUACAACCGUCUAUAGCCCCGACCGCAUCGUACUCUAAGGAUACGUCAACGUCUGCGCAGUCGCGUGCUUGCUGCUCCUCGUGGGGAGUUGGUCACCGGGGUCGUCGGCGGCGCCGUACAAGAGUCGCAAUAUGGAACGACAGAAGCGCGCAUCAGAAGAAGAAAACCCAUUAUGGGGAAACCCUUGCGUAUACGGUUCAACAAUUUCAAAAACAGAAUACGAGCCGAAAUUCGCGGAGAACUUGGCCCGUCAUGCUAAAUAUGUAUUUGAAGAAACGCUGAAAUAUAAAGAUGAAUUUGUUAAGCUGUAUAGUUACGAUACCUUUGAUUCAUUUUAUAAUCAGAUGAAUAAUAAAAAUGAUGACUGGCUUCGGAACUUUCCUUGGCAUCUUGAUGACAUUAUGCCCAAAAACAAAGUCCUGUACAAAUCUUUAGAUGAGGCUGAUUUGGAAGAAUUGAUGAAACACAUAGAUGACGUGCUACCUUACAUGUACAAGAGCUUGAAGAUGGUCGUCGCCGGGUUUCACAUGAUCGCUGAGAACCUUAUUAAUGACAAUAUCGCUGCGGACGCGAAUCUCGCUAAAAACAUCAAGGACACCGUACUCAAACUGAGCAAAGUGCUGUGUCUCUUUUUUGAUAUGAUCACGUCUCGUGACCUAAAAGUUUUACCACUACUGAACAACGAAAUCCCGGUCAUCAAUGAUUCAAAUAUAUUGAAAAACGCGUUCCCAAUUUACCGGGAUACACUUAAUUAUCUGGAAUACCUAAGCCAGGUUUUCCAGACGAUGUCCAAGACUGAUCUUACUCAAUCAGCUUAAAGAAUAAACUUUGGUUGUGUUUGUGUUACUUCGUAAGACCACUAACGUUUGAGGACCGGAUGUUUUUAAACUGAACAUUUUCGCAAAUAAACGUGCAUUAAAUUAAAAAGUGAUUCUUAUUUACAUUGUACUUCAAUUAAUGUUCAUUAAAUAUGUUCUUAUGAUAUUAUUUGUAAUCUGUAUUCUAUAACAUAGGUGCCUAAAUUAUAUUUGAUAACAAUGUAUUGUCACAUAAGGCGUGUUCACACUUCAAUUUUUAUAGUCUAUUAUCGUAUUGACAUUUUCGCAAUUAAUUUAUGUUAUAAUUUUUACUGAUUCACGUAAUAUUCCUAUGUAAUUGUUAAAACAAUGAGAUGAUAUUAACAUGUGUACAAGAUAUGACAAUACAAAUCAUCUAAUGGCAUUCUGUCGUUCCUCAUUCAUCAUCAGUUGGUCCUAAUGAGCUGCUAUGUUGCAUUUGGCUGUAUAAUUAAUGUAUUAGAAACAAUGUUAUUGCCAUUACAUUGCCAUUUUGGUCUAGAACGGAAUAGUUCCUUUUAUUUUAUGUAAAUAGUGACGAAUUUAAAUGGUAUUUAAUUUAUUAUCUGCUUAUUAACAUUCUAAAUUUCCCGAUUAUCCUAGUCAAGGUCAUAACUUAUUUAUUUCUCGCUAUAACUCACUUAGUUUGAUUUACUUUAUUAUUGAUAUUAUUUAAUAUAGAUUUUUAGUAUUAGUGACCAUUCCACCAGAUAAUAAUGAUUGAGAUUGUCGGCGUUAGUAAAUUGUUGAGUGUAUUUUGUGUAUGCGUCAGUGCAUGAAUCAUGCCGGUUGUAUGUACUUUUGUAUGAUAGAUACUCGUGUGAGUACCAUCACAUGCGCACGGUUGCGCAGGAGUUUCGACGAAUGCUUAAUUGUACAUUUUAUUCCUACCUUAAUUAGUAUUAUUUGACACUUUGUUAACUAUUUAUAUUACUGUUAAAUCCAAUGAAUAAAUAGAAUAGCUUUAAUGGAGCUGUUAAUUAUUAUUGUAAAAUACAGAGCCAGUGUAUUUAUUCAUUAAACAUUAUUUGUAUAGUUCAAAUAAUACUUAUUUAUAACUGGACAAACAUAAUUGCUAUGUUUGUGAAAUUAAAUUAUUAUUACAUUUA